AUGGAUUCGCCUCCGAAGCGCCGCAAAACUGGGGCGACAGCUAGAGUUGAUGCUGGACAAUCAGUCUCUCUCGGGCGCUCUCCCAGUCGACCCUCUUUUGAAUCCCCCACAAGAUCAAGUCUAGCCAAAUCGCAUCCCGACAUCCUCGAACGCGCACUUAGCAGAUCCCCCGUUCGACAAAACAGAGAUCAAGGCAGUGAAACUGACCGUCGUCAUGAUACAGACGUCGGGGCAGCUGAUGCAAAGUCAAGGGUUGUCGGCCUCCGAGGUCGUAAAGCCCUCCGACCUUCAUUGAAUCCGUCUAGUCCCCUCAAAGCGCCGAGGGUGUCCGAUACAGCUCCAAUACUUUCGCCCAGCCGACGCGCAAGCGGUGUUGAAGCAUUUUCGAAGCGACCUCGCAGAUUUUCUAAGAGAAUAUCUGCGACAGACUUCUUUUUAGGAUCGCCAGUCCGCAAGAAGACUCAGCCGCCAGAGGAUUUCUCGAAUACGCCCGAGGGUCAACUCGCUUUAGAGCUGGGCAGCGCAACGAAAGAUGCGGUGGAUAACCUCGAUAUGGAUGAUAAUAUAGGCACUGGAUUUGUGGAUGACGAUGCCUUGGAGCCGGACCUUCCACCUACUCCUACACAACUAGGCCUCGAGAAGGCACCAGAACGACCUAGAGGUCUGCUCAGUAGUAGCCCCAGCGCAAGACAUGAGAAGCGAGCCAAAAGAAGAGCCGCGGAUGUGCUUCAUGGGAGCCCAUUGAAGUCGCUGAAGUUCCAACAAUCUCCUGAGGCUGUCAUGGAUGAGGGCAUAGAUGUUGAUAUGGACCGGGACCGCGUCUCCGAAGCUGCAUUGAAUCGACAGAAAGAGCGCAAAAGUCUUGCUGCUGAAUUAAGACAACUCAAGGAUGAUGUGGCUGAGCUCACAAAAUGGACAGAAAGAGUUGACUCUGGCGCAAAUCUGACGGGCGAUAUAAAAGAGCUCAACAAUCUCUUAAGUUUGCUGGCUGAAGAGUCAUCGCACCUUGAUCAACCAAUGCAUCGAAAACCCCGAGCUCCAAUAUCCGCACUGCUUUCGACACUUCUCCCAUUUUCCUCCAAUAUCCCUCGCCCACCAGCUCAAGAGCUCCCAUUGCCAACUAAUCCAUACGCCUUGAAAGACGAUUCGCAACAACCGUCAUAUCUCUCUGCGUUUGCACCGUUAGCACUUCGUACCCAUACAACCCGCACCUCGUCCUUUACAAAUUCUCUUUUCGAGACUCAUACUUUGGUUUUCACACCACCGUCUCCAUUCCCUGCCUCGUUAUACAAUGUCUCUGUUGUAUAUGAGACAAACCCAGAAACUCAAUUUGUGACAUCUAUUUCUGUACCUGCAGAUGGAGACACCAAGAAGCGCAAAGUGCCUAAUGCACUCCGCCAAUGGAUUGACUCUCGACUAGCGAAUCCUCUGCUCAGGCUAGAUGUUGCGACUAUAUGCUGGGGCAUUAAUCGCUACUGGGAAGCCUCCGUCUCACGUGCCCAGCUAUGGGCACGGAUUGAGCACAAAUAUAAUCAAAGCACAUCUAAACGAGGCGGCGCUAUUCCCCAGUCUCAAGAUGGCACAAUUACACUCGCUGAGGUCCGACAGCUGGUCCCACAUCUUGAGCGGAGUAUGAUGGUUGUCAAAUCUACGAGAUCCAAAAUCAGCCCUCAGGUCCUCCUGUCAAAUGAAUUGGUAAUGGAUGAAUGGACUGGCGAACCUCAAAUUCAUCCAGGGUUGAGCGUUUCUUUCUCAAGUCGCGUUGGUGGGUCAAGCAAAAAGAUCGACCAGGAGGCCAAGAAACUCUUUAAUGGCUUGCUACAUGAGGAAAUGCCUUCAAAGAGCUCAGCUGGGGGAAUACCCGUGGAUGUAAUUCUACAAGCAACUGAAGGCGCUCUUGGAGUUUUGUUGAAUGAUGCCUGA